UUCCACGGCGCGUCGGUGGCCGACUGCUACUUCGCGUCGCUCUACUUCACGGUCUACACGAUCACGUCCGUGGGCUACGGCGACAUCAACCCCGUGAACCGCACGGAGAUGGUCGUGAACACCCUUUUUAUAGUGACGGGAGCGAUCAUCUGGGCCUACAUCAUCGGCAACUUCGCGUCGCUGCUG